AUGGCAUAUGAAGCAUCAGAUAAUAGCUUCAUGCAAAGCAGGACUUUGCUCAACGAGGCUCUCUUGUACAUCGCUACAACAGGAAAAAACACAGUUAACGAUGGCACGGUGAAAGCACAGCUUGCCACUCUCGUGAAAUGCGGCCACUAUCGGUGGUCCUUCCUCUGCUCAAAACCCCCACCACCUCCUCCACGAAGACCUUCUCCUGGGCCUCCUCCAGUGGCGAGACCCCCCCCCCCUGGUCCACCUUAUCAGCCACCCGCACCCUCACCCAGACCACCGACACAAUUUCCCUCGCCACGACCUCCCCCUUCAUUUCCUCCUCCACCUCCUGUGGCCAGACCUCCACCCCCAUCACCUCCCCCACAAAGGCCACUGACCCCUUCUGGGCCACCCCCAGUGGCGAGACCUCUCCCUCCAGGUCCACCUUAUCAGCCACCAGCACCUUCAACUAGACCACCACCCCAACGUCCUUCCCCUCGGCCACCACCUGCAUACCAACCCCCAGCUCCACCUGUGGCCAGACCACCACCUCCUCAAGCACCACCACCUUUCCCUAGGCCACCACCCCAACGUCCUUCUCCUCGACCACCUCCAGCAUACCAGCCCCCAGCACCACCUGUGGCCACACCACCACCCCCUCAAGCAUCACCGCCUUUCCCUAGACCACCACCACAAGUUCCCCCUGCAAGACCACCACCAUCGUUUCCUCCUCCACCUCCCGUGGCUAGACCUCCACCCCCACAACCUCCUGCUCCCAGACCCCCUCCAGGCCUUCCUCCGGUGGCGAGACCACCCCCACCUGGCCCACCGUACCAACCACCAGCACCUACGCCAAGUCCACCUCCUCGACGACCCGCCGGACGGCCACCACCUGCUUACACUCCUCCACCUCCUUCUGCUAGACCACCACCACAAUUUCCUUCGCCGCAACCUCCACCUUCAUUCCCUUUUCCACCUCCUGUGGCCAGACCACCACCCCCACCACCUCCUCCACGAAGACCCCCUCCUGGGCCUCCUCCUGUGGCGAGACCUCCCCCCCCGGGACCACCUUAUCAGCCGCCAGUACCCUCGCCUAGACCACCACCACAAGUUCCUUCACCACGACCCCCACCUUCUUUUCCUCCUCCGCCUGCUGUGGCCAGACCUCCGUAA